UCCUCUCCCUCGCACACUCAAAAGAAGUGCCGCAACAGGCGAGAGGGACCAAUCGGAGCAUCCGUCCAAUCCGCUGCCGGCCGCUCGCCGUUCAUCCGUUGUAUAAAACCCCCCUGUGCCCCUCCUUUGCCGGCUCAGUCGCCCAUCCUAGCUCCAUCCUAUUCUCUGUUCUGCUCUGCUCAGCCACCAUCGUGUGCGGCCGUUUCAAUUCAGACAGUCUCGAUUGGUGGGCGGGCACGGUCGUGCGGCUGCUGGUGUUCUUCCGCGUCAUCCUGUGCUUUGGGUUCAAUUCAACUAGAGGUCGCUGCCGUUAUGACAAGUGGCACCGUCGCGUGCCACUACGGAUUAAUGCAAGCUUGCCAGGUCAGCGCCGCCUUGUCGCCAACGACGCAUCGGUAGCUCAGGCCGAAUACUUCCGCCAGCUUCUGAAGCCCGUGACGUAGAUUCAGCCAUCAGUUCCUUCCUCAUUCUGCUUCCAGAAAACCUCAAACUCAAACCAAACUAACCAAAACAAUUUUGAAUUCAACCACAAGAAAAAGCUAGCUCCCAAGUCCAGUUAACAAAAUGCCGUCGAAUUCUUGUUCAAUUUCAUUCCAACCAAGAGCCUAAAAUCUUCCCAGAUUUCCGACACAAACACUUCCGGCGGCCCGAUGCAGGGAGAUCCCGGGUACGGCUACGGCUACGGGUACGGCGCAGGCGCCGGCGGCUAUGACUACGACAUGGCCGGCUACGGAGGUGGAGGCGGCGCGUACUACACGGCGAACGACCGGUAUCCCGUCGCGCCGGCUGCCAAUGAGGACCCGGUCGCCGGUACGAGGCAGCACGACUUCCCGGCUCCACUGACGGGGCUGGAGUUCCAGCCGUCGGACACCUGCCCCAAGAACUACGUCAUCUUCGAUCAGACAUACGACCGGAGCCGGAUGAUGUUCCACCCCUCCCUGGUCCCCAACAACUUGGGCUCCUCCGUAGGCGGGUACGACUACGACUACGACCACCGCUGCUACGGCUACGAUCAGAACUACGCCGGCAAGAGCGCGUAUUAUGGCUGCGGCGACGACGGCGGCGCUGCCUCGAUUCGGCAGGAGGACACGGACGAGAUCAACGCGCUGAUGAGCACGGAGGACGGCGAGGACGAGGACGACGUGCGCAGCACGGGGCGCACCCCGGGGUGCCGCGCCGGGGGAUCCCCGGACUCCACUUGCUCGUCCGCCGGGUGCAGCGCCGGCCGGAAGCACGAGGCCGGCGGCGAGAAGAAGAAGGAGCGGAUGAAGAAGAUGGUGCGGACGCUCAAGGGGAUCGUCCCGGGCGGCGACCGGAUGGACACGCCGGCGGUCCUCGACGAGGCCGUCAGGUACCUCAAGUCCCUCAAGGUGGAGGUCAAGAAGCUCGGCGCGCGCGGGUCAAGCGGUUAGCCAGUCACCAGCUGACAUCGGCAUCCGGCGGUCGAUGAUGGCAAGGACGACAGGCUCUCGUCAUGGCAUCCGAUGCCGCGAACCAUGAGUUGGUGCGUGCCCUGUUUGCACGGGCAGGUUCAGAACGCGAUGGCAUGGGAUGGGAGAGCUCAGUUGCCGCGCGCUUUAUUUUGUCAGCGUUCCUUGUGUGCCUCUGCCUGGCUCAAGCGUCCGGGCGGGGGCGUGCACGGUGCACAGAUUGCUUCUUUUGUUUGUUAGAUAUAUAGAAGUUGUUGCCUUUUCCUCUUU